AUUGCAUUACUCACUGAGCGUGAACCGCAUAGAAGAAGAAAAAGAAGAAGAAGAGACCGCAAUCGCACGGUUCAGUAAUGGCGAUGAAGCUCAAGUAUCUCUCUUCCAUUGCCGAGGACGUCGUCAAGAGAUGUGCACAGAAACUGGACAUUUCGGAAGAGACAUUGGUGGGAGAAUUUGAAAGGGGUUGGAACGCUGCUGAUACAGGAAAUUACUGCAAGGAUUUAGUUGAAUUUUGCAGUGGGAAUGCUCUGAGUGAAAUUUGCAAGAACGUAGAGGAAGAGAUCAACAAUGGUGAAUUUAGCAGGUUGACCUAUGACAUGAUGCUUGCAUGGGAGAAACCUAGCUACUAUGAUGACGAUGAUCCAGCGGAGGCUGCAGCAAAGGAAAAAGAAGAAAGGAAGAUAACUCUUAAGGCCACUCAAGAACAGGAUGAUAUACCUCUGUUUUAUUCAGACAUCAUGCCCCUCCUUGUGAAUAAUGAUCCCAAUGUUGGAGAAGAUGCUUUUGUAUGGUUGGGAUCAUUAGUUCCAUUGGUAGCAGAUGUAGCAAAUGGAAGGUUUACGUUUGAAACUCUAACAGCACCAACCGGCCUCCGACUACACUUUCCAGCAUAUGACAUGUUCUUGAAAGAAAUGGACAAGUGCAUAGGACAUUUGCAGAAACAGGCAACACCAAAUGGUGUGGAACUGGCUGAUGAUGAAUUUAUAUUACAUGUAGAUGGAAUCGCCAGUGCUCAGAGGGUAGUUCGCCAUAUUGGAACAACAAGUUGGCCUGGUAGGCUUACACUGACCAAUUAUGCUCUGUACUUUGAGGCUUCGGGAGUAAUAAAGUAUGAUGAUGCUCUCAAAAUAGACCUCUCCAAAGACGUUGAACAUAGUGUUAAACCAGUUGCUACAGGUCCAUGGGGAGCUCAACUGUUUGACAAGGCCAUAGUCUAUGAUUCAACUGAUUUAUCAGAGGGUAUUGUACUGGAGUUUCCAGAGCUUACAAGUUCCACAAGACGUGACCAUUGGCUUGCAUUGAUAAGGGAAAUAAUGUUUCUCCACCAGUUUUUAUCAAGGUACAAUAUAAAAUGCCCAGUACAAUCAUGGGAGAUGCAUGCAAGGACAAUUUUGGGAAUCGUAAGGCUGCAUGCAGCAAGAGAAAUGCUAAGAAUAUCACCUCCUGUCCCAACUAAAUUCUUAAUAUUUUCCUUAUAUAAUGAGAUACCAAAAGGAGACUAUGUUCUAGAAGAGCUUGCUCGAAGCCUAAAAAAUGUCGAUAGUGGACAGACAUGUAGUGCAAGUUCUAUCCUCAAGAGUAUGAACAUAUCUAGGCCCGCGAUUUCUGAUUUAGUAGUAGAAGAUGUAAGUCAAGCAGACAGCAAUUUUAAUGUUUUAGAGGAGAGUCCCUCCUUGGUGUCUGCUAUCAAACAAUCAAGGGAGGAAGAAAAGCAAGUUCUCAUUGCUAAAGCUACCACUGAAGAGUUAAAGGAGGAAGGAGUCACUGACAGUGUUCUUGUUCUAACGGAACUGCUAAAGCCACUUAAAAAUGUGGUUCCCUGGGUUAAAAAAAUCUUCACAUGGGAAAGGCCAAUAGAUACUCUUGCUGUUCUUGCUGCAUCCUUGAUAAUCACCUACAUGGAGUGGGUUGGAAAAGCAGCUGCAGCUUUCUUGAUUUGGGUAAUAGUAAAGAUGCUUAAGGCAAGAGAACAAAAGAUCAAUGAGAAAUGCAACGAGAUAGUAAUCAGCAGAUCAAGUAUGGCUUCUGAUCAGUCUACAGUGGAUAGCAUCGUCUCAGCGCAGCAAGGACUGUACACUGUUCAUGAGAUGAUGCAGAUAGCAAACAUAGCAAUGCUGAAGAUAUGGUCAAUCCUUAUUUCAAAAGCUGAUAAGCAUGCAAAUAUAGUGAUGGUGGCACUGGGCGUAUUGGCGGUCUUAUUGGCCGUGGUUCCGUUCAAAAUCUUCAUUAUGGGUCUGAUUGUGCAAAGCUUCACCAUGUCACUCAAAAUGGGCAAGUCUUCUGGACCAGGGAAUAGAAGGUUGAAGGAAUGGUGGGACUCCAUUCCAGUUGUUCCUGUUCGUGUGGUAGACAAUGAUCCUAACACUGAAUACACUAAAUAGUUUUUUGUUUUUUUCACUCCUGUUUUAUUAGAUUGUCUAGUUUAUAAAUGUAGCCUGAGCCUCUGCUCCACAAUAUAUGUCUUUCAUGGGUAUACAGGGAAGUUAUAGUAUACAUGACAACA